AUGGCACCAACAUAUCUCCCAUUCGAAGAACCAGAUGCUAUAACAUUACUUAUAUAUUCUUCAUUUUUGCUAUUCCUUAAUGGCUUGAAUUACAUUCUUAAUAGAUUUAUAUUUUGUGGACUAGUUGGGCAGAUACUUCUAGGUGUCUGCUAUGGAGUACCUGGUACAAAUUGGCUCAGUAAACAUUCACAGGAAACUUUUAUGGAAUUGGGGUACAUUGGAUUAAUCUUGAUGGUAUAUCAAGGAGGAUUGUCCACUUCUUUCAACGUUUUGAAAGCUAAUUUUCAUAUAGCGCUCGUGGUUGCUUUAACUGGUGUUUGCCUUCCUAUUGCCCUUAGUUUUUCGAUAUUAGGCUAUUCCAAUACAACGCCGGUAAUUGCAUUUGCAGCUGGAGCUGCACUAAGUUCCACUAGUUUAGGUGCUUCUUUUACUGUCUUAUUAACAUCUGGUUUCAAGCAAAGUAGAGUUGGCAUUAUCUUGACUAGUGCUGCUGUACUAGAUGAUAUUUUUGGAUUAGUAAUGAUCAAAAUAAUUUCUAAUUUAGGUGAUGGAUCAUUUACUGCGAUUAGCGUUAUACGUCCCGUAUUUGUUUCAAUAGCGCUUAUAGUUAUAGUUGGAGUAAUUGCUAAAUUUGUUUUGCUUCCCUUUACGUUAUGGUUUAGAGAACAAAAAAGAACAUUUCCAACAAUUUUGAGAGUACUAUUAAUGUCAAGUAAUUAUUAUUUUGUGUUACAUACGAUUUUACUCAUUGGCAUUACUACCGGAGCAACAUACGCAGGAGCUUCGAAUUUAACGGCUGCAUAUGUUUUGGGGGCUACACUUUCGUGGUUAGAUAAGAAGUUAGGAACAGACUUUGAAGAUGAGACAGCGAAGGAGAAAAGUAAUAUUAAUCAAGCCAGUAUUACCAAUAAUUUAGAAUCUUCGAGCAAUGAUUUCUCUUUCGAUAAUAACGGAAAAAAUGAAUUUGAAAAUUAUGAUCAAGAACUGGUUUUUACUGGAUCUAAAGUGUUCGAUGAAUUUUACUCCCAAGUCGUGAACAAAAUAUUGCAGCCAAUUUUUUUUGCAUCGAUCGGGUUUUCUAUACCUAUAACUCAAAUGUUUAUAGGAAGAUUAUUUUGGAAAGGUUGUAUUUAUGCAUUACUAAUGAUAGUUUCGAAAUUGGCUUGCGGAUUAUGGCUCAUUCGAUUUAAAGAUGGAAAACUUAAUUUUUCUAUACAAAACAUUUAUCCUACUGCAAUGCUUGGUUCAGCGAUGGUUGCCAGAGGCGAAAUAGGAUUUUUGAUAUCUUCAUUAGCUGAAGCGAAAGGAGUGUUUUCUCCAAAUGGUGAGCCGACGGAAGGGACAUCAUCUGACGUUUAUAUUAUUGUCACAUGGGCUAUUGUUCUUUGUACUAUUCUUGGACCAGUUAGCGUAGGAUUUUUAGUGCGGAAAAUAAAAGGAUUGGCAUUGCUUGAUAAACACCCUUUAGGUAUAUGGGGCUAA